AUGGCCUCAGCAAGCACAAGGCCACGAGAGGAGGAUCAGAUGACUAAGAACACCCCUGACGAGGCUCAGGAUGUGAAGGUAGGGCUGACACUGGGCGAGGGAAGCGAGCUGGUUGUUGAGCUUGGCAGCAUCGAAGCGGCAGUGCAAGAGCUGCAGGACGCACGUCUGCUUUCCAAAGGAAAUCUCUUGGAAGCAGCAGCCCGGGGAGAGAUCGCCGGGGUCAGCAAGCUGCGUGCAGAGUAUCUCAAGGAGAUGUCAGAGUGCGGAGUUCCCAGCCGCAGGAGCGAUCUUCCGGUCCGAGUGGAAGCCCACAAUCAUGGUUCCGUGCAUGGGUACAAGGACGAACUGAUGGAAAAGGCCUGGAAGGAUGCAGCUUAUGGGGCCGUGCUGCUCAUAGACCCGACCGUUUCCGGUCUCGAAGAGAUAUUGGAGCGCUCGCGAGUCGCCGAGAGCCCACUGGGCAUCCUGGCAUUCCCCAGCGAUGUGCCAAGCGAGACGUUCUUCGAGCUUUCAAAUGGAGUGGCGCAGAGAACACGUAUCGUUGGAGGAGAUGCGACUUUGUCCAGGUUCGGCGCUGUGGACUGGAAGGCCAAGCGAUUCAUGGUCGCUGAGACAGCGACUUUCAUCGCUGCGCUAAGGUCUUCCUUAUCCGAGGCAGACCAAGUUGAAAUUAUCGCUAUUAUGGAACUCUUAACGUUCGUCGUGUUUGCCACUGAGGAAGGGAACACUUGGAGCAAGGAAGUCAUCUUCUAUAUGACGGACAAUCAGAACGUCCAGUCCUGGCUUUCGAAGCGUAGGCCCAGGUCACGGGCCGCCCGGAGGCUCAUCCUUCUUCUGCACCGUCUGGAGGUCGAGUGUCACUUCCGAUGUGUUCCGGUUUAUAUCCGCACUUACCGGAACCAACUCGCCGACUGGCUGAGUAGGGAGGAGCUCGCAAAGGUCAGGUUUGACCUCGAGGCCGAAGGUUGGGUAGAAGUUGAGUUUUUCGAGGAUUGGCAGCAGCUGGUUGAG